GCAAUACACCAAACAACACAUCAUUCAACAAUCCAUCACAAGAUAUAAAGAAAUGAAAAAAGUGAUCUAUUAUCAAAUAUCUAUCACAAAACAUGAAGAGGAAGAGGAAAAGAAGAUCUAUCAUCAAAUACUUGUCACAAUACAUAAAGAUACAGAAAAGUUGGUCUAUUAUCAAAUACCUGAAAUAGCAAAAGCUAAGGCAAUGUUUGAAAGAGACAAACUUAUUAAAAAAGAAUCAGAAACAGUUGUCUAUAUGCUACCUGAGUAG